UGCUUACUCAUAUUUACUAAAAACGCUAAGUCGAGACGUAGUAAUCAAAAUUCAAUUUACAAAGUUUAUCAUUUAUUAAGUUUGGUUUGAUAAUUAUAUUAAAGGAAGAAUAUUAAUUAGGAUACUUUAACUACUAAAGAUGUCAUACAAUGAUGUAGCACAUUCGUCCACCAUCUCCAUCAUAGAUUCAAGUGUAGAAGAAAGCAAAAGCAGGAGGUGGCUGUCAUUCUCUAAAACGCAUAGACUGGCUCUCAGCGCAUCUAGUGGUGACGGAGACGUGUCCACGUUUGAUUGUGAUCGUGACCUGACACCAGGCAGCUUGGAGGUGUGGCAGGAUCUUCCAGAUUCCAUUAAAUAUGAUCCAGCACUUGCGCCGUUUAAGCAGCUAUACGAACAAAGAUAUGGUGAGCCAUUAUCUCCAGGGAUAAUCGAUUCAUCGCCUGAGGAAAACGGGAAUGUUUUGAUUAAAAAAUCAGACACUGUCAUAGCCGUUGAGAAAAACGAGAACAAAGAGAAUAGAAAAUCCUCAAAAAAAGAGAAAUUAUCGUCACGCAAGAAACAGAUUGAAAAGUGGCUAAAAUUCGCUAAGCUCACACUAUUAGUAGCCGGCUGGGUCGUGCUCACAGUAGCGUUGCUACUUAACAGAGAGAAAACUGAUGUUUUACUCCACACCGCAGUCAGUGGUGGUGAAGUGAAAGAAUACGUACUAAACACUUCAAGAGAUGCCUUCAGUACGCUAAUCACUUUAACGGGCCCUUUUGGAGGUCACAACACCUCAAAACAAUUAACGAUAUGGUUGCGCAGGAGUUACGAAGAUGGCGAGGCGCAGGAAUCCUUAAAAUGGAAAAUCAACCUGCAACCAGAUGACGUCAUAGACUUUUCUCCAAGUGCCUCCGAAUCCAAAAUACUCACUCUAGAAAAUAGGGGGCAUAAUAGAAAAGAGAAUAGCACAGAAGAUGAAGAUUUUCGAAAUGGAACAGUUACGCUCAGUAUGUCAACGAACAGCAAUAAGACAGUGCCACUCACUCUCACGUAUCAGCUAGAUCCUCUGUCAGAGGAAGAUGGAAUUAUAUAUGCGGCUCUUCUGUUGUUGACGCUUUACGUUUUAAUUAUUUUUGAGAUAGUCAAUCGGACAAUCGCCGCGCUUCUAUCGUCAUCCUUAGGCAUCGCAGUUCUGGCCAUCAAUGGCACCAGACCAACACUCCAGGAGCUGGUCUCGUGGCUGGACUCGGAGACGCUGCUGCUCCUCUUCAGCAUGAUGAUUUUAGUUGCGUUACUUGCGGAGACAGGGCUUUUUGAUUACCUCGCGGUUGUUGCUUUUGAGGUCACCGGAGGAAGGACCUGGCCCCUGAUCAACUGCCUCUGCUUCUUUACCGCUUUCUUCUCCACAUUUCUGGACAACGUCACUACUGUGCUGUUGAUGACACCGGUAACAAUACGAUUAUGCGAAGUGAUGCAGCUGAACCCAGUUCCCGUUCUGAUGUCAAUGGUGAUCUUCAGUAACGUGGGAGGGGCUGCCACUCCCGUGGGAGACCCGCCCAAUGUCAUCAUCGCCAGUCAUCCAUCCAUUUUGAAUGCGAAUAUAAACUUCACAAACUUCACACUUCACAUGGGCCUCGGAAUAUUGUUCGUGAGCGUACAGACAUACUUUCAAAUCCGAUUUAUAUUUAGAGAUAUAAAUUCAUUAAGACACGCUGUACCGAGAGAUAUUGUGGAACUUCGCCAAGAGCUGGCCGUUUGGAAGCGUGCGUCGGCGUCUCUCAGUCCCUACUCAAGAGAUGAGGACAUUGUCAAGCGGGCUCUAGAAAAAAAGGUACAGAGACUAAACGCUCUGUUGUUGAGAAAAGAGAACGGAAGUGGUACGAACAAGAAAGACCCGCUUUUCUGCUCCACUCUUGCGCAGAUGAAGGAAAAGUACUGUAUCCGAGACAAGCCGCUGCUUAUAAAAGCCUCCAUUUGCGUCACCUUCGUUGUGGUGGUGUUCUUCCUACACGCGAUACCACAGCUGCAAAAUCUCUCUCUAGGUUGGACAGCAUUAUUAGGAGCUAUUCUCUUACUCCUACUAGCGGAGAGGGAAGACUUGGAGCCGAUUUUGGCACGAGUUGAGUGGUCGACUCUACUCUUUUUUGGUGCUUUAUUUGUUUUAAUGGAGGUCCUGGCCAAGUUAGGGCUCAUAGCAUGGAUUGGCAGACUAACAGAGAACCUUAUUUUACAAGUUGGUGAAGAAUCAAGACUAGCUGUGGCCAUUAUGCUGAUCUUAUGGGUGUCUGGCCUGGCUUCAGCAUUCGUGGACAAUAUACCACUGAGUACCAUGAUGGUACGAGUAACGGCAGCCUUGUCUGAUCCCACUGGCCUGGCGCUACCACUGCAACCACUGGCGUGGGCUUUGAGCUUUGGGGCUUGUUUGGGUGGUAACGGAACCCUUAUUGGCGCCAGCGCAAAUGUCGUAUGCGCAGGAGUCGCCGAACAACACGGCUACAGAUUCACGUUUAUGGAGUAUUUGAAGAUUGGUUUUCCUAUUAUGAUUGGAAAUCUUAUUGUGGCGUCGAUUUAUUUAUUGUUCUGUCAUGUUCUUUUUACGUGGCACUAAUUUUGUCCAAAUACAGAAAUAUAUAUUUCGAUCGGAGCUACGCGAAAGAACUUUUUAUGUAAAUUUUAGAAAUAAAAAAAAUACAUUAAAAAAAUGUCGUCGAUUUGGAAAUCCUUCGUUUUUUAAUGUAGAUUAAAAUGUGAUAUAUAAAAGACAACAUAAAAAUAAUUCUAGAUUAGUAAACGGUAUUUUAUCAAAUUCACUGAGAUGAAGUACCUACCUUAAUUAUAUUUAAUAUAUAAAAUAGACCACUUUUUCUAAAACAUAUAAUAAAUUAUUAAGUAUUUAAUGUUCCGAAAGAAUUAUUGUUUGUAAUCCGGCUAUUCCUUGUAUAGAUUUUUUAUUAUCAUAUAACAUACAUAUACAUUUUUCACGAAUAUGGAAGAGUAAGUGUGUAAAACGAAAGCAGAAUGUUUACCACGAAAUAGGUAAGUAAGAGUAAAGAGUUCGAUUUAUGUACUAAAACCACGUGAAAUUCAUCAAUCAAUCGUAUGCAACCAUGACAACAACAAAUAUGUCUACUCAGAGUGAUCCAUUAAACUAUCACUAAUUGUAUGUAAGAUAAUGGGGCAGUUUAACAAAUGUAAGAUAAUGGGACAGUUUAACAAAUGUAUUAUAAUGGGGCAGUUUAACAAAUUUCAGAGGAAGUCUUUAACGUCCUAUUGGAUCUAUGGUGAACUUAAUCUUUAACUCUGAGUACCUCGGUAGGACUUGCUAUAGUGCUCAUGGCUCACCCAAUGUAUAGGGCUAGUGUAAAACGCAGCAGUAUUAUUAUGUGACUAGAUUAUGUAAAUACCAAAUAAAUGUAAAACAUAAUGAUUUUCUAUUUAUCAUUAUUGUGUUAAAGCGGCCAAUCCCGCCUUCACACCGCUUUUUUUUAUUAAUUUAGAAAUAAAUUUAGCCUAUGUUUCUUAGAAUAAUUAUAACGAUGAAAAGAAAUUCUAAAUCGGCCCAGUAGU